UUGAUACGGUUGUGAAAUGAGUUCGUUCGGUCCAUUUCGAAUAGCUGACAAAACAGCCGGUUGUGAACGAACAUUUAUAAUAGCGGAAAUUGGACAAAAUCAUCAAGGUGACAUGGACAUGGCAAAGAAAAUGAUUGCCACAUCAAAAGCGAUUGGUGCUGAUUGUGUAAAAUUUCAAAAAUCGUGUUUAAAAGAGAAAUUCACUGAAGCUGCACUUCAGAGAGUAUACGACGGCGAAAAUUCAUGGGGACGGACAUAUGGUGAACACAAAACAUAUUUGGAAUUUACAAUCGAGCAGUACAAAAUUUUACAAGAAUUUGCAUCCGAAUUAGACAUCAUAUUCACAGCAUCAGCGAUGGAUGUCCAAUCUCUGCAAGAAUUGCAGCAAAUUAAUGUCCCUGUGAUUAAGAUUGGCUCGGGUGAUGCAAAUAAUGUUACGCUGUUAUCUACAGCAGCAAAACAUCCAACGCCAUUAAUCAUAUCAACGGGAAUGCAGAGCGAAGAGAUGGUUCGACGAAUCGUUGAAAUUAUGGAAUCAAAUGCGAAAGACAAUUUUUGUUUAUUGCACUGUGUAAGUUCUUACCCGACCGAACCGAAGGACGUAUGCUUACGCAUGAUUAACUAUUACCGAAACAAGUUUCCUGGAAUAUGUAUUGGCUAUUCGGGCCACGAACAAGGAAUCGCUAUUUCAAUAGCGGCUGUUUUACUUGGAGCUAAGAUUAUUGAACGUCACUUUACUUUAGACAAGAAGCAAAAGGGAACCGACCACAAUCUUUCAUUGGAGCCGAAUGAAUUCAAAGAAAUGAUUUCACGGAUUCGUGAUGCUGAACGUAUUUCCAAAGAUGAUAUGGAAAACGAGCAAAUUUUGGAAAUUAUAUCAAGAUGGUCCCAUGCGACUGAAGUGGACAAUGUGAGACUAGCCCUAAGUGGGGUGGCACAGAAGAAAAUUCUUGAUUGUGAAAUGAUGUGUCGUAUGAAACUGGGAAAAUCACUUGUUUACGCAAAGUCUUUGUCAAGGGGGCCCAUUUUAACGACAGAUAUGAUUGUGGCUAAAGUCAGUGAACCGUUUGGUAUAUCUGCUGAACGUUUUGACAAUUUCAUCGGGCAAAGGCUUGUGGUUGAUGUUCGUGCCGAAGAAAAUUUAAUGGAAAACCAUUUUAUAUCAAAUAAUGAGGACUAGACAGAGAGCAUCAUCAUCAGAAUGUAUUUUUCGAAAAUGAAUUUCCUUUGCCGAAAUUUAAGCUGGGAAAAUUUAUAAAUUGAAAGAUUAAUUCAACAUGUUGCCCUAAAUUCACUGCAUUACAACAUAUUUCACUAUCCCAAAGCCAGUAUCGGUCAAUCAAUUGGCGGUGUAAAUUUUUUAGCUUUCGUUAUUUCGCGAAAUGUAAAGUGCAUCGUUUAUUACACAGUGCUCCAUUUCAACAUACAUAAUUUACCUCAACAACGUGAGGUUCAUUCAAGACUCCAAAAUCUACCGCUUUUUGAGUAAUUGUACAUAUCAAUACGACAAAUGAUAGGAAUGUGGUUUCUUGUGUGAAACUUGUUGCACAGUGAAAAUGGUUCCGCACUAUGCAGCACAAAUUUGAACUGGAGAGGGAUUACGACAUCAGUUCUCUUUUCUCUAUUCAAUCAAAACU